GCCGAGUCCGCAGCGCCGGGCGGAAAGCAAAGCUAGCGGUGUUGGCGCCGGGAGGACCCUGGCUGCAGUCCCUGGCCAGGUGCACCGUGGAGAGGAAGGGAAGUAGUCACCUCAGGAAUAUUCCAGCGCCCCUCUAGCGGCUCCCACCCCGCCCCACCCCACCCCACCGCUGGCCGAUGGAGAAGCCCGCGGGGCCAAAGGACUGCGGGCUCUCAGACCUGCUACCCAGCCUGAGGCAACCAAUGGAGGCCCCGCUGCAAACCGGAAUGGUGCUGGGCGUGAUGAUCGGGGCCGGCGUGGCUGUGGUGGUCACCGCGGUGCUCAUCCUCCUGGUGGUGCGGAGGCUGCGAGUGCAGAAAACCCCAGCCCCGGAGGGGCCUCGGUACCGGUUCCGGAAGAGGGACAAAGUGCUUUUCUAUGGCCGGAAAAUUAUGCGGAAGGUGUCACAGUCCACUUCCUCCCUGGUAGACUCCUCUGUCUCCACCACUUCCAGGCCACGAAUGAAGAAGAAACUUAAAAUGCUCAACAUUGCCAAGAAGAUUUUGCGCAUCCCAAAGGAGACCCCAACACUACAGCGGAAAGAGCCUCCACCUUCAGUGCUGGAGGCUGACCUGACUGAGGGUGACCUGGCUAACUCCCACCUGCCCUCUGAGGUGCUGUACAUGCUCAAGAAUGUCCGGGUCCUGGGCCACUUUGAGAAACCUCUCUUCCUGGAGCUGUGCCGGCACAUGGUCUUCCAGCGUCUAGGUCAGGGGGACUACGUCUUCCGGCCUGGCCAGCCGGAUGCCAGCAUCUAUGUGGUGCAGGACGGGCUCCUGGAGCUUUGCCUACCUGGGCCUGACGGGAAGGAGUGUGUGGUGAAAGAAGUGGUCCCCGGGGACAGUGUCAACAGCCUUCUAAGCAUCCUGGAUGUCAUCACGGGUCACCAGCACCCCCAGAGGACCGUGUCUGCGCGGGCCGCACGUGACUCCACAGUGCUUCGGCUUCCGGUGGAGGCCUUCUCUGCUGUCUUCACCAAGUACCCCGAGAGCUUGGUGCGGGUGGUGCAGAUCAUCAUGGUGAGGUUACAGCGAGUGACCUUCCUGGCGCUGCACAACUACCUGGGUCUGACUAAUGAGCUCUUCAGCCACGAGAUCCAGCCCCUGCGCCUGUUCCCCAGCCCAGGCCUCCCAGCCCGCACCAGCCCUGUGCGUGGCUGCAAGAGGGUGGUUGGCACCUCGGCUUCAGAGGAGCCCAGGGAGACCCCCGGCCGGCCCCCUGACCCCACCGGGGCCCCACUGCCUGGACCUGCAGGGGAGCCUGUGAAGCCCACAUCCCUGGAAGCCCCCCCAGCCCCUCUGCUGAGCCGCUGUAUCUCCAUGCCAGUGGAUAUCUCAGGCUUGCAGGGUGGCCCCCGCUCUGACUUCGACAUGGCCUAUGAGCGUGGCCGGAUUUCUGUAUCACUGCAAGAAGAGGCCUCUGGUGGGCCCCAGACAGCCCCAGCUCGGACCCCCAGUCAGGAGCCUCGGGAGCAGCCAGCGGGCGCCUGUGAAUACAGCUAUGGUGAGGACGAAAGCGCCACUGGCAGCUGCCCCUUUGGGCCCUACCAGGGCCGCCAAACCAGCAGCAUCUUUGAGGCGGCAAAGCGGGAGUUGGCCAAACUGAUGCGGAUUGAGGACCCCUCCCUUCUCAACAGCCGGGUCUUCCUGCAUCACGCCAAAGCGGGCACCAUCAUCGCUCGACAAGGGGACCAGGAUGUGAGCCUGCACUUCGUGCUCUGGGGCUGCCUGCACGUGUACCAGCGCAUGAUUGACAAGGCAGAGGACGUGUGCCUCUUCGUGUCUCAGCCCGGGGAGCUGGUGGGGCAGCUGGCGGUGCUCACGGGGGAGCCCCUCAUCUUCACCCUGCGUGCCCAGCGCGACUGCACCUUCCUGCGGAUCUCCAAGUCCGACUUCUAUGAGAUCAUGCGUGCUCAGCCCAGCGUGGUGCUGAGCGCGGCGCACACGGUGGCGGCGAGGAUGUCGCCAUUUGUGCGCCAGAUGGACUUCGCCAUCGACUGGACGGCAGUGGAAGCCGGACGGGCGCUGUACAGGCAGGGCGACCGCUCCGACUGCACCUACAUCGUGCUCAACGGGCGCCUGCGCAGUGUCAUCCAGCGGGGCAGCGGCAAGAAGGAGCUGGUGGGGGAGUAUGGCCGCGGGGACCUCAUCGGUGUGGUGGAGGCGCUGACCCGUCAGCCGCGGGCCACCACGGUGCACGCUGUGCGGGACACGGAGCUGGCCAAGCUCCCCGAGGGCACCCUGGGCCACAUCAAGCGGCGGUACCCGCAGGUUGUGACCCGCCUCAUCCACUUGCUGAGCCAGAAAAUUCUCGGGAACCUGCAGCAGCUGCAAGGACCUUUCCCAGCAGGCUCAGGGCUAGGUGUCCUGCCCCACUCGGAACUCACCAACCCAGCCAGCAACUUGUCCACGGUGGCAGUCCUGCCCGUGUGUGCGGAGGUGCCCAUGAUGGCCUUCACACUGGAGCUGCAGCAUGCCCUUCAAGCCAUUGGUCCCACACUCCUCCUCAACAGUGACAUCAUCCGGGCACGCUUGGGAGCCUCUGCACUAGAUAGCAUCCAAGAGUUCCGGCUGUCAGGGUGGCUGGCCCAGCAGGAGGAUGCGCACCGCAUAGUGCUCUACCAAACCGACGCAUCGCUCACGCCCUGGACCGUGCGCUGCCUGCGCCAGGCCGACUGCAUCCUCAUUGUAGGCCUGGGUGACCAGGAGCCUACCCUUGGCCAGCUGGAGCAGAUGCUGGAGAACACAGCCGUGCGCGCCCUCAAGCAGCUGGUCCUCUUGCACCGGGAGGAGGGCCCGGGCCCGGCACGCACUGUUGAGUGGCUCAACAUGCGCAGCUGGUGCUCGGGGCACCUGCACCUGCGCUGCCCGCGCCGCCUCUUCUCGCGCCGCAGCCCAGCCAAGCUGCACGAGCUCUACGAGAAGGUUUUCUCCAAGCGCGCCGACCGGCACAGCGACUUCUCCCGCCUGGCGCGGGUGCUCACGGGAAACACGAUCGCCUUGGUGCUGGGCGGGGGCGGGGCCAGGGGCUGCUCGCAUAUCGGGGUGCUGAAGGCACUAGAGGAGGCAGGUGUGCCAGUCGACCUCGUGGGUGGCACAUCCAUCGGCUCCUUCAUAGGGGCCCUCUAUGCCGAGGAGCGCAGUGCCAGCCGCACCAAGCAGCGGGCCCGCGAAUGGGCCAAGGGCAUGACCUCGGUAAUGGAGCCAGUGUUGGAUCUCACCUACCCUGUUACCUCCAUGUUCACUGGCUCGGCCUUUAACCGAAGCAUCCACCGUGUCUUUCAAGAUAAGCAGAUUGAGGACCUGUGGCUGCCAUACUUCAAUGUGACCACAGACAUCACUGCUUCAGCCAUGCGUGUCCACAAAGAUGGCUCUCUGUGGCGGUAUGUGCGUGCCAGCAUGACACUCUCAGGCUAUCUGCCCCCGCUCUGCGACCCAAAGGACGGGCACCUGCUCAUGGAUGGCGGCUACAUCAACAACCUGCCAGCGGACAUCGCCCGCAGUAUGGGUGCCAAAACGGUUAUCGCCAUCGACGUGGGGAGCCAGGAUGAGACGGACCUCAGCACCUACGGGGACAGCCUGUCUGGCUGGUGGCUGCUGUGGAAGAGGCUGAACCCUUGGGCAGACAAAGUGAAGGUCCCAGAUAUGGCCGAGAUCCAGUCCCGGCUGGCUUACGUGUCCUGUGUAAGGCAGCUGGAAGUGGUCAAGUCCAGCUCCUACUGCGAGUACCUACGCCCACCCAUCGACUGCUUCAAGACCAUGGACUUCGGGAAGUUCGACCAGAUUUAUGACGUGGGCUACCAGUACGGGAAGGCUGUGUUUGGAGGCUGGACCCGGGGCGAUGUCAUUGAGAAGAUGCUCACAGACCGGCGGUCUACAGACCUUAAUGAGAGCCGUCGAGCAGAUGUUCUGGCAUUCCCCAGCUCUGGCUUUACCGACUUGGCGGAGAUCGUAUCCCGGAUCGAACCCCCCACAACCUACGUCUCCGAUGGCUGUGCGGAUGGGGAAGAAUCCGACUGCCUGACAGAGUAUGAGGAAGAGGCGGGCCCCGACUGCUCGAGGGAUGAGGGGGGCUCCCCCGAGGGCGCUAGCCCCAGCACGGCCUCGGAGGUGGAGGAGGAGAAGUGUCCCCUCCGGCACCGGCGCCGGCCUCCCCCCGAGCCUCCAGGCUCGGCUGCAGACACCUAAGGAUGUCCCUAGGACACCCCCCCCUCCGGCCCUUGCUGGGCUGGGGUGGCCCGUGGAGGGAGGGAGCUCCCCUCAACCUGCUGCUAAUGCCUGAUGCUCCCUGGGUGUCCUCAGCACCCAGGGCCUCACACACACUGGACCGAACCGCCCGCCCCAGCCCCGGGGCGGCGCCACUGCACUGAUCACCCAUUGUCCCAUUGUCACCCUACCCAAUAAACUCAUG